CUCGAGUCCGACAUCCAACCGACCGACCACGAUUGUCUAACCAGCCAUGCAGUCCCUACGGCAAUCUUUCGCGGCACUGUCGGUACGAGCGUCCGCCGCUCCGCUACGAAGCGGCCUGAUCGCCGCCCAGCUCCCCCGAACGACAUUCCAAGCCCGUAGCUUCGCCGUGUCGACACCUGCACAGUCAUGGCUCCUCCCGAAAUCCGGCGACCAUGGCAGCACACGCAAAGGCCGACCGCGCGUGCAAACCGGCGGGUCAACGCGUGGCACAACGGUGGUCUGGGGGGACUACGGCAUGCGAAUGACCGACCACCACCGACGUCUCACUGCUCUGCAGCUGCGUAACGCCGAGGAGACCAUCAAGAAGAAGCUGCGUGGAAUGAAGUACCGAAUCUACACGAGGAUUGCGGCAAAUAUUCCCGUUUACACGAAGGGAAAUGAGACUCGUAUGGGAACCGGUAAAGGUUCUAUGGAUUUCUGGGCUUCGCGUGUGCACGUCAGCCGAGUUAUCAUCGAGCUCAAGGGCGAUAUCCACGAGCAGAUCGUGAAGGAUGCGUUCCGGAUUGCCGCUGCGAAGCUGCCAGGAAAUUACGAAAUGGUCAAGAAGGGCGACGUUCCCAUGAUGGGCACAAUCAAGCUCACACCCGAAAACGUGCAGAAGCUCAUAGCACGCAAGGGAGUACCAAUCGGCCCGCUCCAGAAGUACAUCAAAGAGCAGGCUGCCGCUGCCGCCGCCGCCGCCCCUGUUGCGGCUGCGUAAAUUGUACC